GAGCUGUGAAUCGGUUGUAGGAGAAGUGCAUCGUAAAAGAGAUACUUUUGUGCUUUUAAAAGUCUUUCGCAUUAACCAAAGUAACUUAUCUUCUGUGAAUUACUAGGAAAGUCUUGACUUGUCCUUAACUCUCUCCAGUUUAUUUUUCCGGCGGACUUCGUGGUCUCUUCCUUUUGAAGAAAGAGUGAGGUGGAGUGCCGAUACUCACGGUGGUGGCCGCAGCGUAUAGGUGACAAGACCAAGACAUGGAUGGUGGAAAGCAGCGCGAGAAACCCGAACACCCACGUGCCUCAGCCAACACCUUCUCAGCACUUACGUUCUGGUGGAUUCUGGACACAUUUUGGAAGGGCUACAAGCGUGACUUGGAAACAUCGGACAUCUGUGCGCCUCUAAAAGAACAUAAAUCAGAUUACCUUGGAAAUAAAUUUGAAAAAUUUUGGAAUGAGGAGGUAAAACAUGCCUCAGAACAGAACAAGAAGCCAAGCCUACUGCGUGUCAUUACUCGGUGCUUUGGCGCCAAGAUCAUGGUUUAUGGACUUGUUCUUUUUGUAAUGGAGUUUUCAUUAAGGGUGUCUCAACCAUUGCUCCUGGGCCGGCUUGUUCGAUACUUCAGUGUAUCAAAAUCAAAAUCAGAUUUUGACAUGACCUUAGAAGAAGCAUAUUUUUAUGCAGCUGGAGUUGUGAUUUGCUCUGCUCUCAACGUUUUUGUGAUCCAUCCGUACAUGAUGGCGAUUAUCCACAUGGGCAUGAAAAUGCGUGUCGCCUGCUGCUCUCUCAUCUAUCGCAAGGCACUGCGAUUGAGCAUGACAGCAUUAGGAGAGACAACCGCUGGCCAAGUGGUAAACAUGAUGUCAAAUGACGUGGGCCGAUUUGAUAUGGCGAUCAUUUUCCUACACUACCUGUGGAUUGGUCCCAUCGAGACAUGUGUGGUGACUUACUUCAUGUGGAAUGAAGUUGGACUGUCCGCUGGGAUAGGUGUUGCCUCUCUGCUUCUCUUCAUACCUCUUCAAGGCUACCUUGGAAAGAAAACAUCCGAGUAUCGCCUGAAAACUGCACUUCGAACAGACGAGCGUGUGCGACUGAUGAAUGAGAUUAUCUCAGGGAUGGAGGUUAUCAAGAUGUAUGCGUGGGAAAUACCAUUCGCCAAGCUUGUCAACGCUUCUCGCAAGAAUGAGAUUCGGGCGAUAAGAGUGUCAUCGUAUAUUAAAGGCAUACUUAUGUCUUUCAUAAUGUUCUCUACACGAAUUUCAAUAUUCGUCACUAUUCUAGCAUAUGUGUUGCUUGGAAACCAAAUCACAGCUGAAAAGGUUUUUGUGUUGGUGUCAUAUUAUCAGCUUCUGAGACAAACUAUGACUGUGUUUUUCCCUCAAGGAAUUUCGCAGGUGGCAGAAGCAUUAGUAUCAAUCAGCAGGUUGCAGAGGUUCAUGUUGUAUGAAGAAAGGCACGUGGAGGCAGCAGCAUCUGUAGCGCAACACGACAGAGUCAACAAUGUCCGCCAGAAUGUGGAGACGAAGGAAAGUAAAGCAUUAGGAAUUAGAAUAACCAAUGGAACUGCUCAGUGGACAGCACAGACUCAUGAGAAGACACUGAACAAAGUGACGUUGGACAUCGAGCCUGGAAUGCUGGUGGCUGUCGUUGGGCCUGUUGGCUGUGGCAAGACCUCAUUGCUACAGGCAAUCCUGAGAGAACUGCCGCUUAGUGAAGGAACUAUGGAAGUUGGUGGCACAAUAUCAUAUGCAUCACAGGAACCAUGGAUAUUUACAGCGUCUGUGCGUAAGAACAUUCUGUUCAGCCAGCGAUUUGUACAAGAACGCUACAACCGUGUGGUGAAGGUGUGUGCUCUGAAGCAUGAUUUCAAAAAGAUGGAUUAUUCUGAUAAGACCAUUGUGGGAGAGCGAGGUCCUGAUCUUAGUGGUGGUCAGAGGGCUCGUGUGAAUCUUGCCAGGGCUAUAUACAAGGAUGCUGAUGUGUAUCUCCUUGACGACCCUCUGUCUGCGGUGGAUCCACAUGUUGGCAAGCAUCUGUUUGAUGACUGCAUUGCUGGUUUCCUUAAAGGCAAGACAGUGAUCUUAGUCACACACCAGCACCAACAUCUGAAAGAAGUGGACCAUAUCAUCAUCCUUAAUAAUGGAUCAAUUACUGCUCAAGGAACUUAUACUGAUCUGAAGGCCUCAGGAGUUGACUUUGUGAAACUUAUGGAUAAUUUGAAGGCUGAAGAGAAGCAGCCUUUACAAAAACUGCUGAGACAGAUGUCUAUUUCCAGCGUGAAUUCUGUGGAUGAAAAGCAGCCAGAACCAAAACAAGUGGCGGAGAUGCGAUCAGUUGGGUCUGUGUCCUCCAAGGUGUAUGGUGCAUACUUGCGUUCAGGUGGCAACUGUUGCGUCAUCUUGACCGUGGUGGUACUGUUUGUUACGACACAGUUGCUGGCUAGUGGCUGUGAUUACUUUAUCACCUACUGGACAAACAUUGAGGAGAAGCACUUUGAGCUACAAAAUGCAAGUAAAACUAACAAUUCUUUUGAAAGUGGCCGCAACAUGAAUGAGUCCUUCACAAACAAUUCCUUCGCGAAAAACUCUUCUGAAAGUGACAUUCUAGAAGACAGCCCAAUGUUGGCUAUGCUGAGCAGAGACACUUGUAUCUAUAUUUACACUGCUGUGACUGUGGGCACCAUUGUGGCAUCACUGGCGCGUUCCUACAUGUUCUUUAAAGCCUGCAUGCGUGCAUCAUGUCGUCUGCAUGACUCCAUGUUUCGCAGCAUCACACGUGCCACCAUGUAUUUCUUCAACAAAAAUCCUUCUGGCCGGAUAUUGAACAGAUUCUCAAAGGACAUGGGAGCUAUUGAUGAAGUGCUUCCAGCUGCCAUGAUAGAUAGUUUGCAGAUUGGAUUAGCGAUGCUUGGUAUCAUCACAGUUGUGGCAGUUGUCAACUACUGGUUGCUUGUUCCCACCUUCUUUGUUGGUGUAGUUUUCUGCCUACUCCGCAUUAUCUAUUUGUCUACAUCACGGAGUGUCAAACGGCUUGAGGGACUCACUCGCAGUCCUGUUUUUCAGCACCUCAGUGAAUCUCUUCAGGGGCUCACAACUAUUAGAGCAGUUAAGGCAGAAGCCAUACUGGAGAAGGAAUUUGAUAAUCAUCAGGAUUUGCACUCUGGGGCCUGGUACCUUUUCAUUGCAUCCAGUCGAACAUUUGGUUUCUGGUUGGAUCUCGUGUGUCUGAUUUACAUAACAGUUGUCACCAUCAGCUUUUUUGUUAUUGGAGGAGAUAGUACUGGAGGCAAUGUGGGUUUGGCCAUAACGCAGGCCAUCGGGCUCACAGGGAUGCUGCAGUGGGGUAUGCGUCAGUCAACAGAAUUAGAGAACCAGAUGACGUCAGUAGAGAGGGUUCUUGAGUUUACUGAUGUUGAGCAGGAGCCUCCAUUGACCUCCCCUCCAGACAAGCAGCCACCAGAAUCAUGGCCAUCAGAAGGAGCAAUUACAUUUGAAAGGUUAUAUCUGAAGUACCCAAAUACAGAAAGCCUUGUCCUGAAGGGUCUCAGUUUUGCAAUAGAGGCAAAAGAAAAGGUGGGCAUUGUGGGACGAACAGGUGCAGGCAAAUCAACACUGAUUACAGCUCUUUAUCGGUUGACACCCAUUGAAGGUUCAAUUUACAUCGAUGGCAUUAAUACUACGGCCAUUGGCUUGCAUGAACUACGAAAAAAGCUAUCCAUCAUUCCACAGGUGCCUGUUCUGUUUUCAGGAACUUUGCGUAAGAACCUUGAUCCCUUUGAUGAAUAUUCGGAUGCUAUUCUUUGGAGAGCUUUGGAAGAGGUAGAACUGAAGAAUGUUAUAAAUGAUUUAUCUGCGGGAUUGAAUUCAAGGGUCAUGGAAGGAGGUAGUAAUUUCAGUAUUGGACAACGCCAGUUAGUAUGCCUUGCGCGUGCCAUUGUACGCAAUAACACCAUCUUGGUUCUUGAUGAAGCAACUGCCAGCGUGGAUCCUCAGACUGAUGCUCUGAUACAGCUGACAAUUCGGAAGAAGUUUCUCAACUGCACGGUGCUGACAAUAGCUCACCGGCUUGAAACUGUGAUGGACAGUGAUAGAAUCCUUGUCAUAGACGAUGGGACCAUUGCGGAAUUUGGCCAUCCACAUAUUUUGCUUCAGAACAAGAAUGGUGUUCUGUUCAGUAUGGUUCAACAGACAGACAAAGGAAACAUAAAUUCACUUACUGAACAAGCAAAGAGGAGUUACGAUGGUAUUGAAGCCAGGCGCUCUUGAAGAUGUAUCAUCAAAUAGAUAUUUGAAGAAGAGAUUUGGAUGCUGAACAUGACAGAAGAAUGCCAAACAUUUUUGAUAUAAUUGAAGAAUUAUACCAUAUAUUUUACAUUCCAGGCUUCUUUGUCACAAAUGAUAUUUCUUUCAGAUUAAGUCUCCAAUUAGUACAUUUUAUUUAUGUCUCCUAGUCAUUUAUGUUAUUUCAUUGUUUUAUCUAAAUGAGAACUUUUAGGUAGAAUAACUUGAAGGUUCUCUUACUGUGAAGAAUGUGCUAGAAGUAUUACAGUAAAGUGGAACAAAAAUGGGCUAGCUGCUUUACAAAACAGAUUUCAUGAUGUGACUUGUUAAAAAGGGAGAAAUAUUGCAUCAGUCAUCAUAUGAUCUCAGGAUGAACAGUAUUUUGUUACCAAACAAGAAGAAAGGAAGCCACUGUAGUUGAUACAUGGUUGUAAUGGCAGUUUUAUAUUAUGAGUACUUGAUUUCAGCAUUGCAACUACUUAUUGCCUUAGUGCAGAACUGUGAUGAUAAUUUGAUACUAUUUGUUACAUAAAAAUAAUGCAAGUAAUUUUGUAAUCGAACAUAUUUUUUUCAUAAUUGUGAAACAGUAUGUCUGUAUUAUUCAUCCCUGUACUGAUCCUGUAUAGAGGGUACACAUUUCCUUUCCAUUCCUGUUGAAUAGAAAUAUGUUUUUUCA